CAAAGGCAGCUGGCACGCCUCUUUGCUGCCUCUUAUAUAAUAUGGGGUUUCACAGGGCACUGGUGUAGAAAUAAAGUCAAACACUGUUGAGGCAGACUCGUAGUGCUCGUGGUGAGGCUGGUGCUCUGUGCUUUGCUGUGGGGAGCAGGGCUGCUCUCACAAGGGUGGUGUGUGGCCCUGUUGGAGUGAAGUUGGGAAGGUGUGAAGGAUGGCUCCAAACGAGGCAGGGGAUGAACUUGUUUUCUUUGUGAAUGGUAAAAAGGUGGUGGAAAAAAAUGUGGACCCAGAAACAACCCUGCUGAUUUAUCUACGAAGAAAAUUGGGCCUGUGUGGAACCAAACUGGGCUGUGGAGAAGGUGGAUGUGGUGCUUGCACUGUUAUGAUAUCCAAGUAUGAUCCCUUUCGGAAGAAAAUCCUCCACCAUACUGCCAAUGCUUGUCUCUUCCCUGUCUGUGCCCUGCAUCACGUGGCUGUAACUACUGUUGAAGGCAUAGGAAACACAAAAUCCAGGCUGCACCCAGCCCAGGAGAGAAUAGCAAAAAGCCAUGGAUCCCAAUGUGGCUUUUGCACUCCAGGCAUCGUCAUGUCCAUGUACACGUUGCUUCGGAACAACCCUGAGCCCCACAUGGAGGACAUUGAAGAUGCUUUCCAAGGGAACUUGUGUCGGUGUACAGGCUACAGGCCCAUUCUGGAAGGAUACAGGACAUUUGCUAAAAAUGGGGGCUGCUGUGGAGGAAAAGCCAAUGGUCUGGGCUGCUGCAUGAAUGGAAAAGAAGACAGUAUGACAAUGACAUCCUCCAGCCUGUUCAAUUCCUCUGAGUUCCAGCCACUGGAUCCCACACAGGAGCCAAUCUUCCCACCAGAGUUAAUGACUCAGAGUAACAAACAGCAGAAGCAGAUGUGUUUCAAAGGAGAGCGUGUGAUGUGGAUCCAGCCCACAACUCUCAAUGAACUGGUGGCUCUCAAAUCCCAGUACCCCAAUGCCAAACUCGUUGUGGGGAACACAGAANAAGGUAUUGAGAUGAGGUUAAAGAACCUGCUGUAUCCAGUGAUUAUAGCACCAGCAUGGAUCCCUGAAAUGAAUGCUGUUCAGCACACUGAAACAGGGGUCACUAUCGGUGCUGCCUGUACCCUGAAGUCGGUAGAGGAGGUGAUGAGAAAAGCUGUGGCAGACCUUCCUCCAUACAAAACAGAGAUCUUCAAGGCUGUUCUGGAACAGCUGCGCUGGUUUGCAGGGCCACAGAUCAGGAAUGUUGCUGCUAUUGGUGGGAACAUAAUGACAGCAAGCCCAAUUUCUGACUUAAAUCCUGUGUUAAUGGCAAGUGGAAGCAAACUGACUUUGGUAUCAAAAGAGGGCAAAAGGACUGUCACGAUGGAUGAGAAGUUUUUCACUGGCUACAGAAAGACAAUAGUUAAGCCUGAAGAAAUACUUCUCUCUGUUGAAAUACCCUACAGCAAAAAGGGUGAAUACUUCUCAGCUUUCAAGCAGGCUUCCCGUCGUGAGGAUGACAUUGCUAUUGUGACCUGUGGGAUGAGAGUCCUCUUCCAAGAUGGCACAAGCCAAGUGAAGGAGAUAAAACUAAGCUAUGGAGGAAUGGCUCCUACUACUGUCCUAGCACUAAAAACUUGCAAGGAACUCACUGGCAGAGACUGGGAUGAGAAGCUGCUGCAGGAUGCCUGCCGCCUGCUGUCGGGUGAGAUGGAUCUGUCUCCUUCUGCUCCUGGGGGAAUGGUGGAUUUCCGACGCACACUCACCCUCAGCUUCUUCUUCAAGUUCUACCUGACAGUCCUUCAGAAACUGAGCAAGAGUGGCACUAAAACUAUGAGUGAGCCUGUCCCUUCAAACUACAUCAGUGCUACAGAGCUCUUUCACAAAGAUCCCAUUGCAAAUGCCCAGCUCUUCCAAGAAGUGCCCAAGGGGCAGGCUGUGGAAGAUAUGGUGGGCAGGCCUCUGGUGCAUGUUUCAGCAGCCAAACAAGCCAGUGGAGAAGCUGUGUACUGCGAUGACAUCCCUCACUUUGAGAACGAGCUGUACCUAACGCUGGUGACCAGCACCAAGGCCCACGCUAAGAUCCUCUCUGUAGAUGCAUCUGAAGCUCAGAGUGUUCCUGGGUUUGUGUGUUUUGUCUCUGCCAAGGAUGUUCCUGGCAGCAACGUCACUGGCAUCGCUAAUGAUGAGACUGUCUUUGCUAAGGACGUGGUCACCUGUGUGGGUCAUAUCAUUGGGGCAGUCCUUGCAGACACACAGGAACAUUCCAGGAGAGCAGCCAAAGCUGUGAAGAUUAAAUAUGAAGAACUUAAACCUAUUGUCACAAUUCAGGAAGCGAUUGAGAAACAAUCUUUCUUUAAGGAUAUAAAGAGGAUUAAAAAGGGAGAUGUGAAGAAAGGAUUUGAAGAAUCUGAUCACAUUUUGGAAGGAGAGAUGUACAUUGGUGGUCAGGAGCAUUUCUACCUGGAAACUCACUGUACUUUGGCUGUACCAAAGGGAGAAGAGGGUGAGAUGGAACUCUUUGUGUCGACCCAAAACCCAAUGAAGACACAGGAGUUUGCUGCUAAUGCACUGGGAGUGCCUUCAAAUCGGAUUGUAGUUCGAGUGAAAAGAAUGGGAGGAGGAUUUGGAGGAAAAGAGAGUAGGAGUACUAUUUUGACAUCUGUAGUGGCUGUUGCAGCCUUCAAAACUGGCCGUGCAGUGAGGUGCAUGCUGGAUCGAGAUGAGGACAUGCUGAUAAGUGGUGGGAGGCACCCCUUCCUGGGGAGGUACAAGGUUGGAUUCAUGAAGAAUGGGAAAGUCAAGAGUCUGGAGGUGUCAUACUACAGCAAUGGGGGCAACUCCAUUGACCUGUCUCAUGGUGUAAUGGACAGAGCCCUGUUACACUUGGAUAACUCCUACAACAUCCCCAAUGUCAGCAGUGUGGGCUUCGUUUGCAAGACCAACUUGCCUUCCAAUACAGCCUUCCGUGGCUUUGGAGGGCCCCAGGGAAUGAUGAUUGCUGAGUGCUGGAUGAGUGACCUUGCUCAGAAGUGUGGCCUGCCACCUGAGGAGGUGAGGAAGCUCAAUCUCUACCACGAAGGAGACACUACUCAUUUUAAUCAAAAGCUGGAGGGAUUUACUCUACGGAGAUGCUGGGAUGAAUGUUUGUCCAGCUCCAGCUAUCAUGCCAGGAAGAAACUGAUUGAAGAAUUCAACAAGCAGAACCGCUGGAAAAAGAGAGGGAUGAGCAUCAUUCCUACUAAAUUUGGCAUCAGUUUCACUGUCCCAUUUCUGAACCAGGCUGGAGCUCUGGUCCAUGUGUAUACAGAUGGCUCUGUGUUACUUACACAUGGGGGGACUGAGAUGGGUCAAGGACUUCACACUAAAAUGAUUCAGGUUGCUAGCAGGGCCCUGGGAGUCCCCACCUCCAAGAUUUACAUCAGUGAGACCAGCACAAACACUGUCCCAAAUACCUCCCCGACAGCCGCUUCAGUCAGCGCCGACAUCAAUGGAAUGGCCGUCCAUAACGCAUGUCAGACUAUCUUGAAAAGACUUGAGCCAAUCAAACAGUCUAAUCCCAAAGGAUCCUGGGAAGACUGGAUUAAAACUGCCUACGAGAGUUGUGUCAGCCUGUCAGCCACGGGGUUUUAUAGAAUUCCUGAUGUUGGGUACAACUUUGAAAAGAAUGAAGGGAAACCGUUCUCCUACUUCAGUUACGGAGUUGCCUGCUCUGAGGUUGAGAUAGAUUGCCUGACAGGUGACCACAAGAACAUUCGCACAGAUAUUGUUAUGGAUGUUGGUACCAGUCUAAAUCCAGCCAUAGAUAUAGGACAGAUAGAAGGAGCCUUUGUCCAGGGCAUCGGGCUCUUUACCAUGGAGGAGCUGCGCUACUCUCCUGAAGGGAACUUGUACACUCGAGGGCCUGGCAUGUACAAAAUCCCAGCAUUUGGAGACAUCCCAACAGAAUUCUACGUGUCCCUUCUCCGUGACUGCCCCAAUAGCAAGGCAGUUUACUCAUCCAAGGCUGUGGGAGAGCCACCUCUGUUCCUGUCUGCCUCAGUGUUUUAUGCCAUUAAAGAUGCCAUCUACUCAGCGAGGAAGGACUCUGGCCUGACAGAGGUGUUCAGGCUGGACAGCCCUGCCACCCCAGAGAGGAUCCGCAAUGCUUGUGUGGACAUCUUCACCAAAAUGUGUCCUUCUGCUGAGCCAGGGACCUUUAAGCCGUGGUGUGUGCGUGUGUAGGAGGAAAGUUUGAGGAGUGAACUCUGCUGAAACUGAGCUUACAUCAGAGGAACCACAAGGCAGUAGGACUAUGAUGGAGAAAAAACCAACCUGUGUUCAUGUGGCUCACCCACUGAUUCACGGAGCUUUCACAUUUAAUUGUCCAAUCAUUGUUUUUCUCUAUGAGAGGGAAUUGCUGCCAGAUUAUAGCUGUGAUGUAAAUUCAAAUGAAGAGUAAGUUGAAGGUGAUGUUACCCAGGUGUAAUUGAAAAAUCUUAGCGGUUUCAUAUAAAUUGCUGCAAGGAUGCUUCUUCCAGCCAAUGUGAAAUAAUAGGGUAGUUGUUUCUUCUUUUUCCUGCUGUGGGGAAAAGAUGUAUCACCUUGUGAUUCUAUGCCAAGAAGGACUUAAAUGUGUUGAGCCCAGACACAGAGUCCUCUAGCUGAGAUGAGAGAAACUGUAGGAGGUGCUGAGGGCUGGACCCUGCUGUGUCCCCUUUGCACACAAAGUCAGGUGUAUCCUAGAGGGAGAUGAGCAGGACUUUUGAUCUUGGCUAAUGAAGAUGGUCUUAGCUGUGUAAAAGUGUUUCAGAGGAAAAGGCUGAAAUGUGACCAAUAACUGAUUUAUCCCAAGUUCAAUGAUUGUUUCUUUGUCUGCACCUGGGCUUUAAUGAGAUUUUAGUUCAAGUGUUACCUUGUCUCCUCUGAUUAAAGAUAAAAACUAAAUAUACCAAGA